AUGCCGACUUCAGCACGCGUCGUGCUGGCGGCGCUGGCCCCUGCAGUAGCGUCAGCUCUAACAAAUCCCUCUGGCACGUCAGACGUCUACCCGGUGACAUACAACUUCGCCAACGCGUCUACCACAUCCAAUUACUCCUCAUCGACAUGCGUGACUCUUACUGCAGCAAGGCCAGUGGUCACGCUAGACUACGUUUGGGAGAUUGGAGGAUUCCCGUUCAUUGAGGUCACCGAUGUUCCCACGCGCGGCGUCCAGAUCGAAAGCAGAUACUCCGAGGCAAAGACCAAUCUUGAUCUCCCGCAGGCUGAUGGACCAUGGACAUACUCGAACGGGCUGAGCAACUCCUUUCGGGUCGAGACCUUCAACAUUUCCUCGCCCGGAAGAUUCCAGUCCUUCUUCAUCCAGGGCGGGCAAAGAUGGCAGGCAUUCAAACUGCUGGGAGAAGGGAGCUUUACGUUCUGCGGUGCAGGUAUGGCUUCAGGGAACGACAUCCGGGGCAUUGAAGAGCUUCCGGGAAAUUUCCACAGUUCAAACGAAUUGUACAACAAGAUCUGGGCACUUGGAGUCCGGUCCGCUCAGCAAGCUUGCAUCCCAAGCGGCAGCGCCCCUUCGACUUGGGAGAUCGCUGAGGAAGGAGCUUUUAUUCGCGGCCAAACUCCUGCCCAGUCUUCUCUUGGAACCGAGUACGGCAACUACACCAUGUCCUUCUCCACGAAGAUCGUCUGUGGUGGUACUGGAUGGCGUGUUGCGGCAAGUAUUCGGGGAAAAGGACAGUAUUUUGUCCUCACCAGCGAAUAUCCAGAAGGCACGUUCCUCAACACCAACCGGACUCUUUUGCCUCCAAACACUCUUGUCGCCAACUAUGGCUGGAGCAUAGUCAAUCAGACUACCUUGGAAACCGGGCAAAACAUGUAUUAUCCCAUGCCUUUUGACGUCAAGGAAGGCGAGUGGUAUAACAUCUCAACAACUAUCAACGCCACUGGAUACACCGUUUCUAUCCACCCGAGCUUUGUACCCAACGCAAACAGCAGCGAUGCUGCCGUGUCUAUUUUCGUUUCCGGAGACAAUACAACAGGAACAUGGGGCUUUGGUCCGUUCCAAGACCAAGAAGCUUACUUCACCAACGUGACUGUUGAGGCUGAGAACGGCACCGUCCUCUACAAGAGCGACCUGAAAGGCGACUCGAUCCUGGAAGAGUACGGGGUGGCAGCCAACACACAUAACGUUUGCCUCGAUGGCGCGAAGCGAGACCGGUUGGUCUGGAUGGGCGACUACACCCACACGCAGCGCAUAAUUGCCGUCAGCACCAACAGUUCCGAGUUCUCGACCGGCACCCUCGCAUACGCGCUGGAGUGGCAAGCAUCAAACAGCUCCCUGUACCCGGGCUUCUCCGGCAUGUCCGCCUCGAUGGGCGCCUCUCCCGCCUUCGGCACCAAUCGCGCCGGCUACGCCCUGAUCGACUACCAAUUCGGCUACCUGAUCGCCUUCGCCGACUACUACCACGCCACGGGUGACCUGCCCUUCCUCACGACGCACUACCCGCAGCUCAAAACCAUCGCCGACUCCCUCAUCGCCAACCUCGUCGACCCGUCCACCAACCUCAUCUCCACCAACUCCAUCCCCGGCACCUUCUUCCUCGGCCCCCCGGCCAACGGCACCGCCCCGUCCGCCAUGUUCGUCUACGCCCUCAACAAGACGGCCGGCCUCGCCCUCGCCGCCAACGACACCGCCUCGGCAUCAUCCUGGUCCGCCGCCGCCGCAGCCGUCGCCGCCGCCGUGAACGCGCUGCUCUGGAACGACGAGCUGGGCACGUACGCCGUGUCCCUCGCCGCCGACGACGGCUUCGCCAACUCGAGCAUCACCGCCACCGCGUUCCCCAUCCUCGCCGGCAUCGCGCCCGCCGGCCGCGCCGCCCGGGCCAUCGCCGCGCUCGACCGCCUGCGGCUGGGCAUCGGGUACAAGGCCGACUCGUCGGUCGACACGGCGGCCGACCAGACGAGCCUGUCGCCGAACCUGUGCGGCUUCCUGCUCGAGGCGCUGCUGAAGGCGAGCGCCGACGCGGCGUUCGCCAGCAACAACGACAACAGCACCACCACCACCAACAACAACAACAACAGCACCGCCGCUACCGCCUCCGCAGCUCGAAAAACCGCCAUCUCCCUCCUCCUCGACCGCCUCUGGCCCGCAAUGGUGACCGACGACGCGUACGCCACCGGCGCCAGCUGGGAAUACGUCCUCGGCAGCGGGCGCCCCGGGCUUGGCCCGUACACCAGCCACGCCCACCCCUGGGGCGGCGCGCCGACGUACGUGCUGUCCGAGUACGUGCUCGGCGUGCGGGCGACGGGCGCGGGGUUCGCGACCUGGGCGUUUGAGCCGAGCGUCGCGGUGAGCGGCGAGGUGGGUGUGGAGUGGGUGACUGGGCGGGUGCCGGUGCCGAAGGGGGGAGGGGUGGUCGAGGCGGGGUGGUGGAGGGAGGAUGGAGGGAGGAGGGUGAGGGUGAGGGCUUGUGGGGUGGUGGGGACGACGGGGGUGGUGAGGGUGCCGGGGAGGGAGGGGGUGGUGGCGGUGGUGGAUGGGGGGGAGUGUGUGGAUGUGGUGGUGUAG